AAAGCUGUAUAGGAAGAGAAGCACAACCGUGGGUGCUCGCAACGAUGAAAGGUUCGCCACGCUCGCGAGAACCGCAGAUAAGACAUCGGACUAUGUCCUGAAUAACGGUUUAAAUUGCUGGGAUUGUGCACCGAUCAUACGAGCCGCCAAGCAGGGGUAAAUUAUGUCCGCCUCGGUGGGGCCCCACGGCGGCCCUCGCCCACCCACAGCGCAGAGCUCAAUCUCCGAUCUGCCGGACCUCAGUCACCUCACCGAGGACGAGAGGAAAAUCAUCAUGGCUGUGAUGGUUCGGCAGAAGGAGGAGGAGGCGAAGGACGAGGCCAUGUUAAAAGAGGAAAAGCCCAUACAAGCAAAAACGGUGAACCUGGUUGGGAACAAGAAACCUCCUCAGCAGAAUGACAUCAGUGUGCACCAGCAGUUUUCCAACUACAAGGAGCAGGUGAAGCGGAUCGGGCAAGAGCCCCAGCAAAGGCAGCAGGGCCAACACAAGGAUGACGCCCCCACUUGUGGCAUUUGCCAUAAGACCAAAUUUGCUGAUGGCUGCGGAAACCUGUGCUCAUACUGCCAGACGAAGUUCUGUGCCCGGUGCGGGGGAAGGGUCUCUCUGCGUUCUAAUAAUGUAAUGUGGGUAUGUAACCAAUGCCGUAGGCAGCAGGAUAUGCUUACUAAAUCAGGAGAAUGGUUUUCCAGCCAAGGGCCCAUGUCUGCAGAGCUGGGGUUAGCCAUGAGUAAACCUGCCAUGUAUGGAGACCCUGUUGGGGAGAAGGAGCGCUCUCGGUCUCAGAAUCCUCUCGGCUCCUCAGUUUCCACUGCCCAUAACACCCAGCCACUUGCCCCAAAUGACCCUAGCAAGGGCCCCUCUACUGGGCCAGCUGACACACCAUCAUCACGCUCACGCAGUGAGCCACCACAAGAUAGAAAAAAGACACCAACCACCUCUAAUCAAAAUGACAAGCCUGGACCAAGAGGUGAGAGGCGGCAAGGGCUAUUCAGAGUCCAAUCCCAGGAUUCUGAAAAGAGGGAGGCUGGAGAAAAUCGGAGAGAAAGCCGAAGACUUGUUAAGGCUCGCUCUCAGGAGCACAAUGAUUCUGAGCUGAAGAGGGGAAGGGCUGCUCCCAGGAAGAAUGAGAGGGGACAGAGACCACCCUUAGAACAGUGCAAGAGUGACCCAAGUGCUCCACAUCACCCGGUCAAUAUUCGGCCGGUGGAGCCUGAUGGACAUAGAAUGCACCCUAAGCCAAGGGAAGCAGGGGAGGUGGGGCAGGACAACAGAGGAGCACGGAGAUGGGCAGAUGGGCGGCAGGCCUCGCUGGACAGCCAGCAGCAGGCUGUCAUGUCCGAGAGGACCGUGGGGGGUACAGGGAUGCAGCCUGCCGUUCAGGGUCCUCCCCCUAAAAAUAACUACUCUCCACAGCCGCCAGCUCCAGGGUUCCGGGUGGGCCCUGCCAUGCCUGCUGGCCCCCCUGAACUCAGGGAGCCCCAGGAAUGGGACAGAAAAUUGCAGCCAAGCCACCUGGACCCUGGCUCAGUUGCACUGUUGCGCAAAUCGAAGCGUCAAAAAGCAGAAAGCAUGCUGCGCAAUGAUUCGCUCAGCUCCGAUCAGUCAGAGUCUUUACGACCACCCCCACCCCGCCCCUACAAGAGCAAACGGGGUGGAAAUAAGAGGCAGAUGUCCGUCAGCAGCUCAGAGGAGGAGGCCGGAUCAACGCCAGAGGACACCAGCUGUGAGGAUGUGGAGAUCGAGAGCGUCAGCGAGAGAGGGGACUGGGAGUGCUGUCCACUGCCCCCCACUGCGUGGCAUCAUCCGGUUACAUGGCAGCCCUCCAAGGAAGGUGAUCAUUUAAUUGGCCGAAUAACUUUGAGCAAGAGAACAGCCAUGCCAAAAGAGGCUGGGGCUCUGCUGGGGCUAAAGGUGGUGGGGGGAAAGAUUACAGAAACAGGGAGACUUGGGGCGUUCAUCACCAAAGUCAAGAAAGGAAGUCUGGCUGAUGUUGUGGGCCACCUACGGGCCGGCGAUGAGGUGCUUCAAUGGAAUGGUAAAUCAUUACCAGGAUUAACCACGAAAGAAGUUUACAAUAUAAUCUUGGAUUCCCAAACAGCAACUCAAGUUGCAUUAGUAGUUUCAAGGCCAAUUGGGGUGUAUAAAUCUUACCAUGAUAUACCACGAAUACCAGAAACAUCACACCCUCCAUUAGAAUCUACAGGAUCAAGUUCAUUCGAGUCACAGAAGAUGGAAAGACCCUCUAUAUCUGUCCUGUCCCCUUCCAGCGCAAGUGGUCUUCGAGACGCCCCUAAGUUACUGCCUGGACAGCUGUCGGUGAAAAUGUGGUAUGAUAAGGUUGGUCAUCAGCUGAUAGUGAACUUAUUGCACGCAAUAAACCUGCCGCCCAGACUAGAUGGACGACCCAGAAACCCUUACGUCAAAAUGUAUUUCCUGCCUGAUAGAAGUGAUAAAAGCAAAAGAAGGACGAAGACAGUGAAGAAAAGUCUGGAACCAAAGUGGAACCAAACAUUUGUGUACUCUUAUGUCCACCGGCGGGAUUUCAGGGAGCACAUGCUGGAGAUCACUAUGUGGGACCAACCCAGAAUACAAGAGGAGGAGAGUGACUUUCUGGGGGAGAUCUUGAUUGAGCUGGAGACUGCCCUGUUGGAUGAUAAACCUCACUGGUACAAGCUUCAAACACAUGAUGUCUCUUCCAUUCCGCUGCCACACCCGUCACCAUACCUGCCUCGUCGACACGCCCACACAGACACACCCACCAAGAAGCUCCAGUGCUCGCACCGUAUUACUGAAACAGAUUAUGAUGAUGCUGUUGGCGUAAUCGCCACAGCAAUAGAGAACCGAUCAAGAGAGAGAGAAAGGGACAGAAACAGAGAAAGAGAGAGAGACCGGGCAACAACGUUAGAGGUUCCUGAGCAGCAGAGGCCGACUCAGUAUCGCUCGCGGUCUGUGUCCCCGAACAGAGAUGAAGGGAGCAGGGGACGGUCCCGCCCACUCAACAUCCCCGCACAGAGGAGUCUGGAUGAGGUGCAGCACAGCCGUAGAUCUCGUUCCCCAACACGCUACCACGACCGUUCCCGUUUGCAGGAGAGAGAGAGAUAUGUAGAUGACAGUGAGGUCAUCUUGAUACACAGAUCAAUGCGGGGUAGAAGCACAGAGUGUCUGCGCACCCAAAGUGAUCUACAGCCCUCUCUUGACAGGGUUAGAAGUGCUAGUACCAACUGUCUGAGACCAGGUUCUAAUUCCUAUUCACCUGAACGAGACAGGAGCACGCAAUCUCUGCCCCGUACCAGACCCACAAGUCCCAGGAUCCUAAUUCAGCAUGCCUCCCCAGAAGAUGACAGGGCACAACCGCACUCUGGCCCUUCAUUCUCCUCAUCAACAGCGGCCCCUUCGUCGACACGCAAAGUCAGACAGUUACCCCAAGUCCCCACCAAAAGCAGCAGUGUAGAGCAAGCUCUUGCUUCAGAGGAGCGAACUCGGCAAAUGAAAGUGCGCACCUUCCGAACACCAGCUCCCUCCGGUACCAGCCAGGAUCUGGAGAGGGCGCUCAAGAAUAAACGAGAGCUUUAUAAGGAGCAGCGACAGAGCUGUGACAAUGUGUCCCAUAAAUCCUCAGACAGUGAUGUCAGCGACGUGUCAGCCAUCUCUCACGCCAGCAGUGCCUCGCGGAUCAGUAGCACCAGCUACAUGUCCAUCCAAUCAGAACGGCCCAGGGGUUGCUUCAGCCGCCACAUUCGUCCGUCCAGCCACAGCAUGCUGAAAAGUACAAGUGUUAGUGGGGAAAUCUACUCUCUGGAGCAUACGGAUGGCAGCCAGUCAGACACAGCUCUUGGAACACUGGGAGCUGGAGGGAAAAAGCGCAGAUCCAGCCUUAGCGCACGGGUAGUUGCUAUUGUAGGCAUUCCCUCUCGCCGCAGCAGGAGCACCUCUCAGCUCAGUCAGACAGAAGCUACCAACAAGAAGGUAAAGGGAUCCAGUCAGAUCCAGCGCAGUCAGGAGACGGGAAUGGCUGUGGAGUAUCCCCGCAAUGCCAUGGCCCGCCAAGCCAGCCGAGAGUCCACUGAUGGCAGCAUGAACAGUUACAGCUCUGAGGGCAAUUUGAUCUUCUCAGGAAUGAGGUUGGGGGCCGACAGCCAGUUCAGUGACUUCCUAGAUGGUCUUGGCCCUGCUCAAUUGGUGGGUAGGCAAACACUUGCCACGCCUGCUAUGGGAGAUGUUCAGAUUGGACUAAUGGAUAAGAAAGGGCAGCUGGAGGUAGAGGUUAUCAGGGCCCGUGGUCUUACACCUAAAUCAGGUUCAAAAUCGCUGCCGGCUCCCUAUGUCAAGGUCUAUUUGCUGGAAAAUGGAGCAUGCAAGGCCAAAAAGAAAACCAAGAUUGCACGAAAAACGCUUGAUCCUCUAUAUCAGCAAUCACUGUUGUUUGAGGAAAGUCCGCAGAGUAAAGUUCUCCAGGUAAUAGUCUGGGGAGAUUAUGGGCGCAUGGACCACAAAUGUUUCAUGGGAGUUGCACAGAUUCUUUUAGAAGAGCUGGAUCUUUCUAGCACAGUGAUUGGUUGGUACAAACUGUUUCCCCCCUCGUCAUUAGUCGACCCAACGUUAGCUCCUCUCACUCGCCGCACAUCCCAGACAUCACUGGACUCUUCAAGGCCUCCAGGCACCAGGUCCUAGUAAACAGACCAGGGCGCAACGCAAAACACGACUCAAUGGACCAAGGACCCAAGGCAACAAUCAGAGCCGGAGUGGCAGAUACAGAGACAGAUGGACAGAAUCAUGAUCAAAGCUUUGCUGAAGCCUGACAAUCACUUCUCUCUUUUACUUUUGAUCUUUGGUUGUAGAGAUUUCCUUUGAUCCACUCUGCUCUUUACUGCAUGUUUUGUUGCUGAGAUGAUGGUUCGACCCAAAUAAAAGAGAAGGAACACAAGGCCGCUGAAUAAGUGAUCUGCUUCAUAUGACAGGGAGUGGUGCUGGUGAGCUAGAUCGCUCUGGUCAGUCAGCACGUUUGUUCUGUAACCACGAGUCUUUCAGAGAGGCAGCGAGAUGACAGAGAAUCAGUGAGAGAGAGCGGACAGCACUGCCGCUCCUCUAAAUUGCACUUAUAGGAAGUCACUCUUCUGAGAGAGACCAGAGUUUAAGUUUUAAAGGUCAAGAUUAAGUCUUCGCAGUGUUUCCUGUCAUCUGAGGCCCCAUCCAGUGUCGAUCUGGCACAAACUCAGACUCAGAUUGUGUGAUUGUUUGUGUGAGAGAGUGUUUGUGUCUAAGAAAGCAGGGACGCCUGAAAACCUUUUAAGUCUGUUUACAGCAGUCGCCACUGGCUGCUAUGCCUUUUCACUUUACUGUUGAUUUGGUAAAUAGGCACACUUUGUAGAAUGUGAAAACAUGUUUCAUACGAGCUUCAUGGAAGACAUAAAACCACUUGUAUUUAAACACUGGGACUGUAAGAAGCUGCCAAUAUAACUUCGUUUUGUUUUGAUUUGUUUCAACCUUACCAAGAAUUUAAAGGUAUGAUUGCUUGAUUUUUGAACAACAACAACAAGAAAUGUUUAGCUUUUGGGAAACCCCAGAAGAGGCCAAAUUAUCGAAUGCUUCCUAUUUUUUGUUUCAAGUUAAGUUUAAAAAAAUUAAUCUCACAGAUUCCCAUUAACAUUUGAAUAAAUGUGACAAUGGGUGGGAGGCGGUCUCAAAGAUGACCACUCACCACCAACAAGGGGAACAGCAUGAAUCUGGAACUGUUCCAAGUUGCAUGCACAUUUUGUAAAACAAGACAGACAAGAAAAAAGAGACUACAAUAGGUGUGUGUUAGUUCCACAAACUGUAGGCCAGCUUGUAUGUUGCAUGAACUUGUACAGUUUGCUUGUACUUGAUAUAAAUAGAUUAUGAAAUAAAAUGAAGCCAUUCAUUCCAUGUGUGGGCAUUUGGCCAGGUUCAGCCAUUGACACAGCCUUAUAUUGGGGCUGAAUGUCUACAAGUUUCUAAAAUGUUUUUAGUUAAUUUUUAUAUUAUUUUGUAUUUAUUUUACCCUAUGGAUAAAUGCUGUACUGUAGUACUGAGCAAACACAAGGCCCUGUUUUAUUGAAGAUGUUGGUGGUGUUCACUGUAGUCUGUACUACUGUGCAGCUAAAACUAAGUUAGAUAACCUGUAUAAAGUUAGAGCUAUCUGUAUAGGAAUAUAAUUAUGAUUAUACAAAGAUGACAAUGACUUAGAGAUAUAUCAAUAUUUAAAAAGGGUGUAUCAAGUAAACAUCACUUAUAUACAUGCAUAUAUUGUAAAUAUGAAUCUGCAAAGAAGUUUACUUAUAUUUACAAAGCAGCCCUAUUUCAAGUUAAUGGAUCAGUGCUCUGUCUCUUGGUUCUGCUGAGCAGAAGAAGGGAUGCCUUCAAAGUUUUAUUUUUUAUUCUGUUAAUUAUGCCCAAACUAUUAAGAGAAAUUUGGACCUCUACUGACCUGUUGCUUUAUCAUAAAUGCCCAUGACUCGGUUUCAAAGAGAAGUUUACUUUAUAUGCCUAUUACGGCAGACUUAUUUACUUUGUCAGUAUUAUUUGAUGAUACUGAUUGUUUACAGUUCAUGUGUUCCACUGAAACUAAAUUGAAAGUAUUCACUGCAACAUUUCUUGUUUGUACAGCAGAUGUGGCUCAAAUAACGUGUAUGUUUUAUAUUCAAGAGUUCAUUUUUAUUAUUUACAAAUAAAAGACUGUGUGGAAGAAAGAUCUGUGUACUGAAAU